AGGAAAGUAAGAUCUCUUUUUGUGAACUCAUUUUAUUAGUUGAGUGAACAGGAUAGAGGAAAAUUGUAUUUUUUUUAAAACAGCUAAACCUAUCUGAACGACUGAAAAGAAUUAAAAAUCUUAAGUUGUUUUUUCAACUCACAAACUUUACCUUGUGGUAAAAUUGUCAUCUUUAGCUACGGUGUUUAAUCCCAAAUUAUCCAACGACUUUUAAAAAAUUCGUAAAAUUAUUUCAAACAUAUCAAAUGUUCUAAAUUAUUUGAUAGACCAACGAAACCAAACUUAUUGACCAGUUUCUAUGUGAAAGACUGUUUUCAUCAUUUUUUGAACUGUGGAAUUUCUAAAAUCGCUAUCAGACGAAAUAUUUCCGCCACUAAAUGAAUCUCGGCUUCCUUUUUGUUCAAUGAAUUCAUUUAACCUUCUUAAUUCAUCUAAUGAGAUUGUUUUUGCGAUUUUGCAUAAUGGCACGCCUAAUUUGAAAUUUAAUUGUUCAUUUAAAUAUUUAACUACUCUCACAUUAAUAUUUUUAUUUUUGACGUAAAUGGAACUACCUUUCAUCAGUCGAUUGGUUUUGGGCUUUAAUUCGAUUCUGAUAAUUAUGAAAUAUUCUAACGGACCUUGAUUUGCCGUUACGUGCAUAAAUUUUGAAACCAUAAGGACUUGAUGAUAGUAAUCUUAAGAAAAGCGAAUUUUUUACCGGUAAUAAAUAAUAAGGUGUGAAGAAUUGCGCAUUAUCGAUGAUAAAUAUGGAGACAACGGAAAUUCAUUCUGGAUUCGACUCACACUUAAUCGAUUCUAUUAUUAAUUCAUUUUGCAGUCCACCAAAAUGGUUUUAUGUUUACUUUUUGCGUUUGAACUACAACCAUUUGCAUAAGUGCCUAAAAAUUAAGAACAGUUAGGUGCGACUUUGACUAACGUUACUUAGCUGGUGUUAAAACCUUGCCGAUUUUAUCGAUAUUAAUCGAGCCACUUUUCAAAACAUUGCAGAACCUCUCUGUAUUCAUUGGUGGCAAAAUUAAUUCGGAAUUUGUGUAAUUUAACCGUCACGGUAAUGCAGCAAGUAGACUAGUUCCAUGUUACAGCAAGUGCUAAAUCUUUGGCCGGAGAUAAAUAAUCGUUGCGGGCGUGCCCUUGAAAUACCAUCACAUCCAACAUUAUUGCAUAGUGAAUGUAAUUUUCCAGUUAGAUUUUAAAUUCCUGCAUGCGACAGGAAUGAAAUUUCGAAAAAUUCAUAAACUGCUUUGUUGUUUUAUGGUGCAAUGGGAGUAACGAAUCAUUUUCAGAACUGAUCGUUGCAAAACGUCAUUACGAAAGUAUUGUAUGUGUYUGUGUGGAAAAAUGUCGAUGUGAAAUGUUCGAUAGUUGUCAGACGAUAAAUGCCGUACCUAAGUGUACGGAAGUGGCCGAAAAACUCGUGCAAUUAUUCGGGUGGAGGCAGACUUAUAACGUCGAAAAACUACAAAGGAAUGUACCAGGAAGAGCAACGACGAGGAUUUCCAUUACUAGGUCUUCGCUGAGUCGCGAAAAGUGCAAAGAGGGUUCAGACUCCUGGGUGUCCGUACACAACUUGCAAUCUCAAGGCGGCGGCAUCUUAGAUCCGGAUGAUCGAUUGAGCGAUGUCGUCGACGACAGAGAACAAAUAUUGGCGAAUUUCGAAGACGGCGAUGGAACACACCAACACGGAGGCGGUGACGGGGCCAGUGGCAGUUCAGUAGGAACGGGCAGCCCCGACAUAUUCCAUGAUGGCGAACACAAAUACGGCCCCAACUAUCCGAGAACAGACAUCGAAGUCACCGGCGAACAAAUCGCCUUGGGAGUCCCCGGAGCCCUCCAAGUGCGUCGAGGGAGCGAACCUGCCCUUAAUCAACUCCCAGUAGGACCACCCGCACCACCUGAACACCCAAAAAGGUGGAGCGCUGCACCCCUAAUCUUGGAACCACCCCAAAUUGGUUAUAACAGUAACGAUUGGAAUGAAGACUCGAAGGAGGAAGAAGGGACAAACGCAGGUUUCAGGAGGAGGGAUGGAAGUAAUCGACUUUCGAUGCAAUUUCUGGGGGAUGGUGCUGGAUAUCGAUGGGCUGAAGCCGCCGAAAGAGCGGCCCAGUCAAGGGCGAGUACUUCGUUACCGAGAGAGAGUAAAAGGAAGGAGCCUUUAGGGCAGGCGAAUAAUUCAACUAGUCCUCCACCUCCGAGUGACAAUGCCGAGCUUAUAGUAAUUCGGAAUGAGCCUGGACCACUUGGGAUCCAUGUUGUUCCAGAUUAUGAUAGGUUAGGAAAGGAUCGAGGUCUCCUGGUUCAAGGAAUUGAACCCGGGAAAAGGAUAGACCGUGACGGAAGAUUGGCAAUUUAUGAUAGAAUAAUCGAAAUAAACGGUGAAAAUUUAUUAAAUAUGCCAUUUCAAAGGGUGCAAGACAUCUUCAAACUUUACUUAAAUUCGCCAGAAUUAAGACUGAAAGUUAUCAAAAAUUCCGGUUUAGACAGUCUCCGGAAACCUCCAGCCCCCAUUUAUCCUAGGUUUCCUGAAGACAAGGAAAACGUCUCGAUGGUAGAAUGCGAGCAGAAACCAUUUGCAGAAAGUACAAAUACUAAAGUAGCGACAGUCUCGCCGACUAAAAAAGUACCCGCAAUUUCAAAAAAUCUUAAAACUUUUCUAAGCGCAAACACGCGGAAAAUCGGCCGUAAAUAUGAAAUAGAUUUAAUUAAAGGCCCACACGGGUUGGGAUUUAGUAUAACGACAAGGGAUAAUCCCGCUGGUGGGAAUUGUCCGAUUUAUAUCAAGAAUAUCAUCCCGAAAGGGGCUGCAGUCGAAGAUGGUAGACUUAAAAUCGGGGAUCGGCUUUUGGAGGUAAAUGGGGUUGAAAUGACAGGGAAAAGUCAAGCCGAGGCUGUGGCGGUGUUGAGGAAUGCGCCACUAGGGAGCACUGUGAGGAUAGUGGUGUCGAGGCAAGAGGAUGUCAUCGAUAAUUCGCUCCCAAGGAUAAUAGAUUCUGAGCAAGAAAAAGAAGUGGAAGACUCGGCCGAGGUUGUUAAUGGUAACGAUGUACCACCUAACAUACCUCCACUCCCCCAGAGUCACCUCCAAGCUCUCCAAAACAGAUCCGAAAAGAACGGUUCAGUAGCUAAAAUCGUGUCACAGUUUCAAGAGGCUGCGAACAAUCCCCCGGACAAAACCGACGACAUGAUUUUUCCUUGGAAACACCGUGAAAUUCUAACUCUAAACAUCCCAGUUCACGAUUCGGAAAAAGCCGGUUUAGGGAUUAGCGUCAAAGGCAAAACCAGCGGCACCCAAGACUUGGGAAUAUUCAUCAAGAGUGUGAUACAUGGAGGUGCGGCGUCACGUGAUAAGCGAUUACGGACCAACGACCAGUUGCUCAACGUUAAUGGAAUUUCGUUACUCCAGCAAUCGAAUAGUGACGCAAUGGAGACACUCCGGAAGGCCAUGUUGCAUACUGAAGGACCGGUUCCGGGGAACAUCACACUGACGAUAGCUCGGAGAGCGGCGAGUCCGGGCGCUAACAGGAGUUUUAGUAGUCGAGGAUCAGACCCGAACUUGUUAAAUACGUCUUCUUCUGGUGAAUUAUUUCACUCGAACUCAAAUUCCAAUGAUACGGAUCCAUCACAUAGUAACAAUUCCGGUGCUAGCGGCAGUUCYACAAAUACAGUCAUUUUUAACCCGAAUCAAAAUGGCGUCGAGGCGAAACAAAUGCAAAAUGUCUCGCAAAUGCACACAUGGAAUCCGGUUUUAGACCGGCUGACUGGAAAUAACAAACAACUGCGCAACGAAAGUUACUACAAGGCAACUCAUGACACUUGGAGUAACAGCAUGUUGGCCUCCGCUAACAACUCGUACGGCAAUAUGACAAGUACCACUCUAAGUUUAGCCCCAGCUGAGCCAAUCCUGAUCGAGGAUGAGUACGGUUCAAGAGUUCUAACGCAUCAAAAUUCUCGAAUCAAUGUCCAUAUGACCAACAAGAUGAAUUUAUCCAAUGGCAGCAUUCCCGAAAACCGGAAUGAUCACGAACCUGACGGGAAAGCAAAUGUUUCGGAUAAUAAAAGCACCGAUUCCAACUCUCAAACCACCAUUCAAGGGACAGACGCGACGUAUGCCAGCCAGUUAUCCCUCGAAAAUCCCCAAGGAUUCUCCCGGGAUGCUUUUGGGAGGCAGAGUAUGUCAGAGAAACGGCACGCAACCUUAGAUGCGAAAAAUACAGAUACCUACCAACGGACGAAGAAACUACGCGAAGAGAGAAAAAGUAAGGAUGGUAACACUAAUUUAGUCAGAGUUGGGUCUGUGGAGUCUGUUAUAAGUGUUAAUCGGUCAUCUGAACAUCCUGAAUAUGCGGACAAAUUGGGUCAAUUGGGACCUUCAUUGGGGAUGAAGAAGUCGUCUAGUCUUGAAUCGUUACAAACCAUGGUGCAAGAGAUACAGAUGCAAGAAGAGGGUGACCCGGCUUAUAGCUACAGAGGCCCCUCGGGGGCCCUUAAAGUGAUUCGAGGACGGGGCUGUGAGGAGAGUUUUAGGGCAGCUGUCGAUAAACACAUUGUAGACCCGAACCACCAAUCAGAAAUAAGUGCCAAGAAACAUUGGUUGCUUGAUGGUCCAAUGGAGGAGCGUGAAAUUGAUGGUUUUAACAAUGUGAGAGGAGCCCCACGUCAAUCUUCUCUUAAUGCAGCCCUUGAUAGUAAACACAAAUCCGGAAAAAAGAAACCGAGUUUGUUAAAAGGCAUUGGUUCAAUGUUCCGGUUUGGAAAACACCGGAAAAUGGAAUUUAACAACAUUGAUAUACAACAUUAUCAUCCGACAAACGAAUUUGAUCCCAAUGCUAACAACAAUCAACAACAACAACAAGCAGAACAACAAAAUUAUCAACAGCAACAACACGAAAAUUCCAGCCAGGAGCAACAACAACAACGUGCACAACAGAUGAUACAACAACAGAGAGAACCGUUGUAUCAAAGGCACGGCUUUGUGCACCGACAUGCUGAACAGGUCCAAGUGAUUCCGGAAAAUUCAGUGGCGCCACCUGUCAAAUACCGGAAUCACGUCACUGUUGAUCAACAAGGACAGAGACGGAAAAUGCAAGAACAUAGAAUGAGACACACUUACUACCAAUCGGAUGAUAGAGAGCCGAUAUAUGGACAACAAGGGAAUUUCGGAGAAUAUGGUGGUAGGCCUGGCAGCCGGUCGGGAAUCACCGAUUCCGUUCCAUUCACCCAUUACGUCAACUACAACGAGCUGCAAAAUCACUUAAGCCGUAAAGAUCCGCUAUCUGACAGUCAGAUAGUUCAGAUGCGUCUGCAAGUUCAACAGCAAAGGUUAAAGGUGGAGGAAGAAAGUCGAAAGCAGCAUCAGUACCAUUCGCAACGCCAGACCCGCACCGACAACCAACUUCGGCCCGUUUCAAACUUCUACGAAUACGAGAGUAUCCAAUCGAUGCUUAAUAACCGUCGGGGGAACCCCCCAGUACCGCAUAGUAAUCCACCUGUGAUGUACCAAGAUGUCAAUUCAAACUCUCUUCCACGGCAAGGGCAACCACCUGUUCAAGGCCGGCACCCGAAUCGUAAUCAUAGAGGGCCGUUUGUGACCCACGUGACUAUCGGCGAUAGCCAACAAAACGGAACGAAAGUGUAAAAGUGCUUCAUUGUAGGUGUUGAAACUUGUUUUUGUGAUUUGUAUCAGUAUUAUGAAACUGUUUCAGCGCCACGUCCAUUUUAAUCUAUUUUAGUUGUGUAUAUACGAGCUUAUAUUUUAUAUUGUAAAUAAUUUAUAAUAUGUAUAAAUAAAGAAGUAAAUUUUAUACAAACAAAAAAAUACACAGUUACAAAAUUGUC